GAAGGAAGAACAAGUUAUCGGUCUUUUCAACUUGUCGCCAUCGCAGGGCUUUCAAGAUGGUGCGCAUGAACGUGUUGGCAGAUGCUCUGAAUGCCAUCUCUAAGGCUGAGAAGCGUGGCAAGCGCCAAGUAUUGUUGAGGCCAGCCUCUAAAGUGAUUGUUCGAUUCCUCAGUGUCAUGAUGAAGCAUGGCUACAUUGGUGAAUUCGAACAGAUUGAUGACCACAGGAGUGGUAAAAUUGUCGUCAAUUUGACUGGCAGACUAAACAAGUGUGGAGUGGUCAGUCCCAGAUUCGACGUCUCCAUCAGAGACAUGGAAAAGUGGACCACAAAUCUCUUACCGUCUCGGCAGUUUGGGUUUGUUGUUCUGACUACGUCAGGGGGCAUCAUGGACCAUGAAGAAGCCAGAAGAAAGCACUUGGGAGGAAAAAUUCUGGGAUUUUUCUUUUAAAUGACGUUCAAAGCAAGAAAAUAAAAAUGUAAAAUCA